UUCUUUUUUUUUUUUUUUAUUUAGAAAAAAAGCAAACGUAUUUACAACGAUGAAAAAUAUUAACGGGAGUAACAAAAUUGAAGCCACCAUCAGUGAUAGUCUGCCAAUUGCAGCGCAUAUAUUUGAAGGCUACCUCUAUCUAAAGGACGAUAACACGAACAAAUGGUUAUGGAGACUAUUUCGAUUUGACGGUUUAUGCUUGACUUGCCUAUCGUCGAAGAAGUAUAAAUUACCGCCUCAUACCCUUUUAGAUGCACCAGCUGUUACAAUCCCCACCAAUAACGAACGUCAGCAUUUGAGUUUCUUGAGUCAAAAUACAUCAACUACCUCUCUCACAUCACCUUUGUAUGCAACACUAAAGGACAAAUCAGCUAGAAUUACCACUCCAGCAAACAAUAAAAACAAUCUCUGCACAGCACCCGUGGCAAGCUACUAUCAAUUGCCGAAAUGGACAGUCCAAAUGAUCAAUGUUUCUUCAAUAUCAAUUUUGAAACCGAACCAGAUCAAACCAACGGCGACUAUACGAGUAAAGAGCCUUAAACAUACAUUGCUACCCAUCAGUAAUAUUAGCAAUAGUCUCCACAAACAUACUGCAUCCCAAACUAAAUUAAAAUGCUUCUCCAUUUGUACGUACGACGGGAAAUGUUACAAUUUAAGAGCCCACAAACAGAGAGAUUUUGAAAGAUGGGUCUUUGUUCUGGCGAAAAUGUGGAGAUUCGCUCAAGCUGCACGCCACAUGUAUCACCAUACAGAGCCAGCAAUAUCUGUAUCACUAACACCGCAAUACCACCCAUCCACGUCAUCAGAUCCUCAGCUUUCACCCACAGCUAGGCUCUCUAUGAGCUUAAACGAAAGUGUAAACAGCUUCCCUCUAGAUCUGGACAAUAUAAUAGCAACAGAGAGGAAAAAAGAUUGCUUUUAUACUGCAAAAAGUGAUAUAAGUCGCUUUUACCAAAAGAACCAGAUGAAUGAAGCAACAACGGAAAGUAGCCAUAGCAAUAACAAACAUAUAAUGCUCUCAAGGGAAAAAACGCUGUGGAUUGAGGAGUGGGUAAAAUCUUUAGCAGCAUUGCAGACGCGUAAAGCAGAAGAAUUGGAUUAUAUGACAGAACUAAGUAGCCCUGUGCCCAGUAUUCAUAAUGUUGAAAAGCAAAAGAGAAGUACAUCUGUCCCACAACAAAGUAUCAGGAAAUCUUCACUACGAUACCGUGCCGUUCAUCAGCGCUCUCCAUCCAUUCGUCAACGAAGCGAAUCCGUAAAGCGCAGACACAUUAUACCCGUACAGCCUAGUACAGCUAUUCCUUCUCGGCACGCAAAUCAGCAAACAGUACUUACACAGGCGCCUUCUUCCACAAGUAUUAAAUCACUGAAAGCUGAAAGUAGAAAGAGCAACAAUAGAAAGAGCUAUCCCCGAUCUGCUUCUGCUGGUAAUCUCAUCGCUAAAAUUAAUGAUGACAGAUACAUUGAUUUUUUUCAAGACGCCAAUACUGUACAAACCGAUGAAUCAACUACUAACACAGCUGCUAAUGUUGCUAGUGUUGAUACUAAUGCCACCAAUCUCAAGUUAAAUCUAUCUAUUGUGAACAAUAAUAACAGUAUAAAAAUAGGAAAUCGCUUCAUAAAGAAAGAAAUUGCAAAGCAUUCACUUAAAUACCAUAACUCAUUCCGAGCACACCCUGUCAAAAUUAUACGUAACAGUACAUCUAACUAUCAAUUUUUGACCGCACCUACAAUCCCUAUCGAUAGCCUUCCACUGCAUAUUAAUCAAAGGCAGCAAGCUUCUCCAAAAGACCAUCACCAACCGUUAGAAUGCUUGAGAAAGAACGUAAAUUACACUUAUAACACUACAGAAGAAGCUAAGCAUGAAAAAUAUAUUGAACUCAACAGCAGUGACAGUGGUAGCAGAAAUGAUGAUGACCACGAUGAAAAUGUUUGCUUGGAGGAUAUUCGAAGAUCAUUACAAAGUGUUGAUUUAAAUAGCAGAAAACCUCUUCAAUUAUCACAGCAUUAUCCUUCGUCUAUUCACAAUAUGAACGAAAGGGCAAGGCCUAGGUCGGCACUUAUCGCUACAAGAACUUCUAACAGCAGCGUCGGCAAGCAGAAUAACAGAUGUAGGAAUUCGUGGGCGGCUACCAUCACGAGUCCCCAUCAUCUCAACUACACUUAUGACAUUAGUGGUAUUGCUCCGACUGCCACUACUACUACCACUCUUACUUGAAACCUCCUUUCUUUUUUUAAUACAUGAAUAAACCGCUAUGCCACAUCUUUGGCGCUUUUUCUUCUUGAUAAGAAAAAACAAAAACAGAAAGAAAAAAAAAAAAA